GUCUGCAGCUAUUGGACGAAGCGCAGGCAGGAGUCCGGAUGCUGAAAGCCCAGCUGGGUAAUGUCAGUGCAGCGUGUGGAGAAAUCCAGAACCGUCUGGACAAUGUCAGUGCAGCGUAUGGAGAAAUCCAGAACCGUCUGGACAAUGUCAGUGCAGCGUAUGGAGAAAUCCAGAUCCAUAUGGACGGUGCAGCGCGAGCAGCAGUGCAAGAUGGCUGCAGUGACGUGCUAAAAAAGCUCUCCAGAGGCUGGAAAUUUUACGGUGGGAACCUCUAUUACUUUUCAAAAGGAACGAAGUCGUGGGACGCGGCCGAGAAGUUCUGUGUGUCUGGGAACUCACACUUGACCUCUGUCUCCUCCCAGGCAGAACAGGAGUUUCUCUCCAAUGAGACCCAGGGAAAAGGUCACUGGAUUGGACUCACCGACCGGGAGACAGAAGGCAGCUGGCGCUGGGUGGAUGGCACAGAAUACAGAGCAGACGCAAGCAGGGGGUUCUGGGCGCAGAAUGAGCCAAACAAUUACGAUCCGGGGACAGAGGGUGGAGAGGACUGUGUUCAUACCGAGCCAUCCAAACAGAAUUUGUGGAAUGAUGCCAAGUGCACUCGUCCUUUCAAGUGGAUUUGUAAGCAGGCCCAUGGACCGGCUGGGCUGUGACAUGCAGGUCCCAGCACCUCAGAAAGCGUCUUAAUUUCCAAGCUAGAAUAUUUCCCAGCCACCUGCCAAUGAGGAGCCCUGUGCACUGGAGGGGGCCGCAUGGGAUGUGGAUUGCAGGGACGCUUUGUCUUGGUGUGAUAUUUCUGGCUGUAGCAGAGACAGCUGCCUUAUGCUGCUCAGUGUGGCUGGCUCUGUAAUUUGUAUGUUUCCAGGUCUGUCACUGAAUAAAGUCCUUGGAUCAUGGAGUUAUUGUUUCACAAUCACCCAAUAAAUAAUGAUUUGCUUGA